AUGGCAAUGAAAUUGGCUGUGGAUCGUAACUGGCUGGCCGAAGUGAGGUAUCUAAAGAAAGAAGGCUAUUCCAAAUUAACUCAAGAGUUGGCCCGCAAGAAGGCCAAAUCGCUUUUAGAACUAAGCCGAUUAACUAUGUCAAUCGAUAUGGAUCGGGCUUUAUCCUUUAAUCGGAAAGCUCUUUUAAUAUUAUCCGAAGGCGGUCUCACUGCCAACCAGGCUGACAUAAUCAGUACGCUAUUGACUUCAGCCGAAAUUUAUGUUGAGGAGAAACACUACAGAUUGGCGAAUAAAACAUUGGAAGAUGUUGAGAAUGAACUCAAAUUUUUAGCACCAAACAAAUACGAACCAAUAAUGUCACUACGUCUUGCACUCUCUAAGGCAAUCUCUUUACUUAAUUUAAGCGAUGAAAAACAAUCUAUGCAGUAUUUUUUAAAGGCUUUAGUGUUAGCACGACAGCUCGGUAAAAAAGAAUACGAAGCGAAAGCUAUGCUUAAUUUAGGAAAACUACAAGAGCUUAGCAAUCAAAAGUCAUGGGCGAAGGCGUCUUUUAAGAAGGCUAUAGAAUUCUAUAGUGCCGUGGGUGAUAUUCAAAAUUAUCGAAGAAGCACGUAUUUUUUAGCUGAUACAAUGUGCCAUUCAUUAUUUCCGUUGAUUUUGGAUUUAAUAAAGGGUUCGCGGCAAUUUUGUCAUCGCUACAUGUUACGCCGUUGGAAAAAUCAAAUGCAACCGUUUUGGUUCUGCGGUACUAUGGCCAAAUUGUAUGACAGUAAGGACGACAUCAAUUGCUUAGUACAUGAGGACAUAGCCAGCGAGGUUGGCACUGCGUUAGUUGAAAUUUAG